AUGUAUGUGAUUAAGAGAGACGGGAUGCAAGAGACAAUUCAUUUUGAUAAGAUAACGGCGCGGUUGAAGAAGUUGAGCUAUGGACUCAGUAUCGACCACUGUGAUCCGGUCCUUGUGGCUCAGAAGGUCUGCACUGGUGUUUACAAAGGAGUUACUACCAGCCAGCUUGAUGAAUUGGCUGCUGAAACCACCGCCGCCAUGACCGCUAACCACUCUGAUUAUGCUUCCUUGGCGGCAAGGAUUGUCGUUUCAAAUUUACAUAAAAAUACUAGGAAGUCAUUCUCAGAGACGGUUAAAAUCUUGUACAAUCAUUUCAAUGAGAGAUCUGGACUGAAGGCUCCUGUGAUUGCUGAUGAUGUUUAUGAGAUCAUCAUGAAGAAUGUUGCUCUGUUGGACAGUGAGAUCAUAUAUGAUCGGGACUUUGACUAUGAUUAUUUUGGUUUCAAAACCCUUGAGAGGUCCUACCUUCUGAAAGUCCAAGGGAAGGUUAUAGAAAGGCCUCAACACAUGUUAAUGAGGGAUGCAGUUGGAAUUCAUAAGGAUGACAUUGGUUCUGCUAUAAAAUCUUAUCACAUGAUGUCUCAAAGAGGGUUCACUCAUGCUUCUCCCACAUUUUUCAAUGCUGGAACUCCAAGACCUCAAUUGAGCAGCUGCUUCUUGUUGUGCAUGAAAAAUGACAGUGUUGAGGGAAUAUAUGACACUUUGAAGGAGUGUGCUAUCAUCAGCAAAUCAGCUGGAGGGAUUGGUGUCUCAGUUCACAAUAUUCGAGGUAUGGGCAGUUAUAUUCGUGGAAUAAAUGGUACAUCUAAUGGCAUUGUUCCAAUGUUGCGGGUGUUCAAUGACAUUGCUCGUUAUGUUGAUCAAGGAGGGGGAAAAGGUGGUUCCACUGGAGUCUCAUCCAUCAAGGAGGCUUACGGAGCAGGCUCGACAGUCUCUAGACAAGCUGCAGCAGGUGGAAUCUUCCGAGACCACCUUGGAAAUUUGCUAUUGGCCAAUAGAACCACUGUUGUUGUUGCUUAUAAUAAUGAUCUUACAAUAAGGAAAACAUCAGCAUGGUCACCAGCAUCAGCACCUCUUCAGAUUCAUCGGAGACUUAUCCUCCCGUUGAUGAGGCAUGCUUAUAAUAAGGAGGCAUAA